AUGCAAUCGCUUCUUGAAGGGAUCGAACAGGCUUUGACGGAGCAAGAUGCCUACACAGCAGCAGAUUUUCUGAACGAAAACUACUUUUACGAAACAUUCUAUGGUGAUCAAGCCACUGGCAAAAUUCCGAACAUCAAUUCAAUUGAAAAACUUGUGGAUUCUGCCAUUUCCAAAGUUUCAUAUCGACCAUUUCUCUAUGAUUAUUUCAAAUCCAUGAUUUAUUUAUUUGAAAUGGAGGACUACAAGAAUGCCUUUGAAUUCAUGAAAAAGAGUGUAGAAAAAUUUAUUAAUCAAGUAUUCGAUAAGGAAAAUUAUUGGAGUGUUAAACUCAUGAAAUUCCUAAGUAGUGCGCUAUAUCGGGCGGCUGUAAAAGCAGCAGAUGCUCAAGAGCAAGAAGGAGAAACAGGAGACUCGGAAGAUUCUCAUAAAUUAAGCCCACUCGCUGCAGCAGCAAUGACUCUGCAAACAGCAUUGGCCGCUUCCAAUCGAGAUAGAACCAAUAACAUUGAAGAGUCAAAGAAAUGGGCAUCUUUGCACAUUACAAAUACGCUCAUUAGAUUUUAUUUCAAGUUAAACAAUUUGGAUUGGUGCUCGAAAUACAUCAGCAAAGCAGUGUUAAACGAUUUGAAUUAUCCUCUCUCAGAAUUGGUGACUUUUAGAUUCUUUGCUGCACGAGUUGCUAUACUACAAUCCAAAUUUGUUAAAGCUAAAGAAGAUUUAGAAUAUGCUUUGACGUACUGCCACGAAGAUUAUACGAAAAAUAAGAAGAUGAUUAUUCGAUAUUUGGCAUGUGUAAAUUUAAUGCUAGGAAAAUAUCCAACACAGGCGUUAUGUGAAAAGUAUGAUUUAAUGGAGUUUAUGGAGCUUUCAAAAGCUUGUAGAACUGGAGAUUUACGAACCUAUAAGAAAUGUCUUGCAGAAAAUAUGAAUUUCUUUAUCAAAGAUGGUACCUAUUUAAUUCUAGAGAAAAUUAAGGUGGUCGUAUAUCGAAAUUUAUUGAGGAGAGUGUAUUGUUACAAAGAGAAAAGCGCUAGAAUACCAAUUCCCACAUUUUUAGCAGCCUUGAAAUUUGUUGAAGAUGAUCCUAUCGAUUUAGAUGAAGCAGAGUGCAUUCUCUCUAAUUUGAUUUUUUCUGGUUUCGUAAGAGGAUAUAUUUCUCAUGACAAGCAAAUACUGGUCGUCGCUAAACAAAAUCCAUUUCCUUCCCUUUCCACACUCUUUGCAGAAGAAUGA